ACAUGGCUCUGUGUAAUGCAAAUAUGCUAUUUGUGAUACUAACAAGUUACACUGUGCUGUUAAACCGAUGUGCAAAUACCAAUGAGUUGUUGAUGCAAACAGCGUCCAAAGUAUUAUCGCUGGAUAACGAAUUCGGUAAACUAGAUACCGAAUUCAGAAAGUCCCUUACCUCGCUUGAUGAAAGAAUGGACAAUCUGGAGAUUAAACUCGAGAACUCACUGACAGACUUGCAGACGCAGUUAGCGGAAGGGCUGAAACGUGUUGCAGAGACACAGAAAAACUACGAACCCAAACAAGGUGGAAUUACAAAGAACAUUCCGUUGACAAUUUCCAACACCGUGACGCAAAUGGUAAAGACCCAAAUCAUUGCAAUAAAUACUGCAAUGAAGCGGGAAAAAGUGGCUUUAUUGAGUUUGAAAACUGAAAUGAAAAAUCAUAUGAAGAAAAUAGAUGGCGAGUUUGAAAAUACACAAAGCAGUUUGGAUGAGCGUUUGGCAAAUCAAACAAAAGCACUGGACUAUAAGUUAGAAAGACAGUCAGAAAAGUACAAGUCGUCUUGUUAUUCGAUGAAGUCGGAUGUUAGCAGUCUAACGAGCCGAGUAUCCUCAAUCGAAAAAAAGCUUCCAGUGGAUGGCCAAUGGGGAAACUGGAUGGGGUGGAUGAAGUGUGACACCCGGUGUAAGACAGGACAAUGGUAUCGUACAAGGGAGUGUAACAGCCCUGCCCCGCUAUACGGAGGCGCCAGUUGUUCCGGAGAAGAAAUAGAAAUCAGAGCUUUUGCUGACUGUUCGGAAAUAAGGCAGCACCUUGGCAUUGUGCCCUCUGGCGUCUAUCAAAUCACAACAUGGAAAAGAAACCAGAAUGCGAGUGUGUUCUGUGAUAUGGACACCGAUCAAGGAGGCUGGACCGUGUUCCAACAUCGUGUUGACGGAAGUGUGGAUUUCUAUCGCGACUUCUCCUCAUACGAUAAUGGGUUUGGAUCUCUGCAGGGCGAAUUCUGGUUGGGUCUGAAAUUGAUGCAUGAGAUGACAUCCCGGACAACACAUGAUUUAAGAAUUGACAUCACACGCGCCAAUAACAGCACCGCCUAUGUCGUAUACGCUGACUUCAGUGUGGGAGCCGGGUUUGAUUAUACCUUACGUAUUGGAAAUACUCGGUCAGAAAGUGGACUUGCAGUGCUUCCGAAAAACGGGCAGUUUAACACCUUUGCAAACGGUUCUGCCUUUAGCACAUUCGACCAUGACAAUGAUAGUUGGGGAGCUAAUUGUGCCGAUAUAUAUCGCGGAGGAUGGUGGUACAAGAAUUGCUUCUACUAUGCGAACCUAAAUGGCUGGUACUACACACCUGGAUCUGUUGUUUACAACUCUACCGCUAUGAUAUUUGAUAGAGCAGAACCGUUAAAAUCUAGCAGAAUGAUGUUCCGACCUUCUGUGUAGUCAUCAUUUGAUAAUUACUAGAAUAAUGAUGUUAAGACCUGCUUUGUAGCUAUCAUUUGACGAGCAUUUGUAUUUCUUGUUCGUGUUAGGUAUCAGUUUACAUUCAGUUAAAAAUUAUUGUACUUUUGUACGUUAAAAGGAUAAAUACAAAAGUACAAUAAUUUACAUGCCAUGUGGUCACUUUUUCGAAUGCACAUUUCUGAAUAUUGUGAUAUAUUUUUUUCGAUAUUGACAGCCCAAGUUGUCUAUGACUAUGAUAGCAAUAUAUUUUAGAUUUAUUUGUGACCCUCACAAGUCAAAUGUUUGUCUGAAUUUCUUGAUAUAUUCGAUAUUUUGCCGUACGCUUGUCGAUAAGAUGAGAUGCUACAAUGUGUGUAUAGAGUAAGCAUUAACGGGGCGUAUUUUUAAAAUAAGAUAAAACAAAACAUGGCUAAUAAUGUAAUUAUUGGACACUUUAAUCAAUGCAUCCUAUAACUGCAAUUAUAAAGACCACAAACUAUUUGCAAACAAUUGUCAAAGUCAUAUGGUCAACUGCAUCGGUAUUUUUAUGAUGAAUAAAUCUAGUUAUGCCUUUACUCAGCCGAAGAUCUAAAUUCAUAAAAUAAAGUUUUAAUGUUAUGUUCUGAAAAUGUUUGUGUGCUGCUGCUGUAAGUGAUACAUUUACAUUUAAAACAUGCUUAAAUUAAUAGGGUGUAAAAUAAGAUAUGUUAAGAUAUAGACUCAUAUGGUGUAUUUGGUAUCUUGAAUGUAUCUAAAAGCUGUUUAUUCUCAUCUUUUAACCGAGGGAAUCGUUUAAAGCAUUAAGGUACAUAUUACAGUACUAAUGGUAUUAUACAGAUUCAUGCAUCCUUUAGUUUCACUGUGUAAGUAUUAUAUGUGUCUAAUUAUUAUAUGUAUUCAUACAUGUUUCAUUAUUAUGAAACUGGAGGCCGCGUUUAUAGGGAUACAUGUUUGCAAUUGUCAAUGGGGAAGUGUAUACGGAUACAUUUUAGUUAUGAAAAAGAAGAUUUGUUAAUGAUAUCAACUCUUUUUCAACUUUACUUUAAAAUUGUCGUCAAUAACCGUUUUGAUGCGUGUAAAACUUCCAAAACGUCAUAUAAAACGAAUAAGCCUUAUGUUUAAAACAGGAGAUUAAAAAAAGUUAUUCUCACUUUUUUUGUAUUGACUGGUCGCCGGUCAUACGAGUUCGUUAUUUUACAAAUUUACUUUCUGUGAAAACGAUUUAUAUACAUGCUGUGGUAGUAAAUAAGCAUUUUAGAAUUUACGGGCAUAUUGUGAAUAAUAGUUUAAAUAAUGCAUUUGAUAACAAAUAUAAGUGCCUUAAUACGACAUUAAUUGACUAUUUUAAAUUUAAGUGAUAUAAAAUGGAAGUACAAAGCUUAGUUCACACGAUUUGACUAACAAAUAUAAGUCACAAUAACGAAAUUUACACAAUUUGAAUUUAACUGAUAUAAAAUGCAUGUUCAAAGCGUAAUUCACACAAUUUAAAACAAACAUUAAUGAAUAAAGUAGGCCGAAAUGAUAUCUCGGCCGAAUCGACCCCACACCAAUAUUUUUUUCGGUGAUAAUGCAAGGUACCAGUCUAAAUAAUUUACUAUAUAUCCACGGUUAGAAUGUCAUUCACAAAUAUAUAAUACUUUUCAUUCAUAGAAAGUUGGUUGUAGUAUCAAAUAGCACGUGGGUGUCAAGUCAUUGAGUACAUACAAAAACACGAGUUAGCUCAAGAUAUACACGACUAGAUAAAUACUACUCCAUCUAACUUCUGUUAAACAAACACUCGGACUUUAGUGGAUUACUUUUUUAAAUUUUUGUUCUAUCAAAUUGUUAAUAACACUAUGUUUUAUAUAAGCAUUCUACCUGAGAUUGCAAAACAAAAUCACUCUAACUCAAAAACAAUCGUUUAUCUUUAUGCUUCUUGCUAAAUUUUACCUGUUUGUAAAUAUGUCAUUAUUAUAUGUAUUCAUGCAUUUAAUUUAAAAUUUAAAUGAUUUGAUGCGACGCAGUCUUAUGGCUAUUUAGUUUGUGUAUUAACA